UCGCCAAUAUUUGUAUUCUAUCCCCACCUAUAAAUACACACAACCUCACGUAAAUCCCAUACCGAAUUUGUUUGAAUCUUUUGGUAUCAAGUUAUAGCAUCACGGGCAAGAGGCUUAAGCACAAUUAUAAGGUUGGCUUUGAUGGCACUAGCAUUUACAAAUAGAGAUGAACUCAAAAGGUUUGUGGUUGAUGAAGGUCAUGGUGUUAAGGGUUUAUCAGAACUCAACUUCAAAACUUUACCUGAACUAUUUAUUCAACCUCUUGAAAAAAGGCUUGAUAUGACCAAAGUUGUUCCUGGCGAGUCGAUCCCAGUUAUUGACAUGUCGAAUUCUAAAGAUCCACUUAUCAUAAAGUCAAUAUGCGAUGCAGCCGAGAAUUGGGGAUUCUUUCAAGUUGUUAACCAUGGAGUGCCCCUUAAUGUACUUGACGACGUGAAGGAUGCGACAAAGAGGUUUUUUGCGUUGCCUGCUUAUGAGAAAAAGAAGUACUUGUUCAAAAACAGUCCUACCAAAAAUAUUAGACUUGUUACCAGCUUCAUUCCAGAAAUAGACAAAGUAUAUGAAUGGAAAGAUUACCUUAGUUGUUUUUAUGUUUCUGAUGAUGAAGCCAAGGCAUUUUGGCCCUCCUCAUGUAGGGAUGAAGUUCUGGAAUAUAUAAACAAGUCAGAAUCCCUUGUCAAGAGGCUACUAGAAGUGCUAAUCACAAGACUGGGUGUAACAAAACUUGACGGAAAAAACCAACCAUUUCUUAUGGGCUCGAGACGGGUGAACCUAAACUAUUACCCCAAAUGUCCUAACCCUGAGCUCACCGUUGGCGUAGGAGGUCACUCGGAUGUUUCAACCUUAACCAUCCUUCUUCAAGACGAAACGGGUGGACUAUAUGUUCGAAAACUCAACAGUGACAACUGGGUCCAUGUGCCUCCUCUUAAAGGUUCUUUGACAAUCAACAUUGGUGAUGCGCUUCAAAUCAUGAGCAACGGUCGAUAUAAGAGCAUUGAACAUCAUGUGGUUGCUAACGGGCAGGAAAACCGAGUUUCAGUGCCACUUUUUGUGAACCCUAGACCUAAUGAUGUCAUUGGGCCAUUGCCUCAAGUGAUUAACAGAGGGGAGAAGGCUUUGUAUAAGCAUGUUUUGUAUUCAGAUUAUGUCAAGCAUUUUUACAGGAAGUCGCAUAAUGGCAAGGAUACAAUCGAUUUUGCUAAGAUUUAAUCAUGUAUCUUAGAAGAAACAACAAUAUGAAUUUAUACACAGACUGCGCAUAGCAGCAGGUAAAUAUGUCGUGGUUAAAUAUUAGUUGCUACGGCAAUGUCAAUUUAUAAUCUUUUUCUAGUGGUUUAUCAAUCCUCUCGUGAUAUAUUGUAUAACAGUUCUGUUAGUUUCUUUGUAUUCGUAACACCAUGUUAUUCAAUGUUAUGUAAAAUGCCCGUUAUGACAGUAAAUA